AAGAUUUGAUGAAUCAAAAUCAACGUAUUGACAUUGUUGUGUCUGGCAUUUCUGACAAAGCCAAACAGGAUUAUCGUAUUCGUCUGAAUGGUUCUAUUCGAUGUAUUCGAUAUCUCAUAUGACAAGGUUUGGCUUUCCGGGGACAUAAUGAGACAGAUGCUUCAAUGAAUCAGGGACAUUUUGUGGAGCUUGUAAAAUUUCUUUGCGAAAGCAAUGAGGAGGUAAAUAAUGUAUAUUUGAAUAAUGCCUCAGAUAAUCUCAAAAUGAUAACUCCCUCAAUUCAGAAAGAUAUUACUAGUGUUGCUGCUAGUUUAGUUACCAGAGCUAUUAUUUCAGAUAUUGGGGAUAAUUUCUUCUCUAUACUAGUUGAUGAAGCUCGUGAUGUAUCAAUUAAAGAACAUAUGGCCAUUGUUUUAAGAUAUGUGAACUGCAACAGUGACAUUAUUGAGCGUUUUCUUGGUCUUGUUCAUGUUUCAGAUACUACAGCUAGUUCACUUAAAGAAACGAUUGAGAUAAUUUUUGUCAAAAAUGGCUUGAGCUUGACAAAGAUUCGUGGUCAAGGUUAUGAUGGCGCAAGCAAUAUGAGUGGUCAAUUCAGUGGUCUGAAAAGCUUGAUUUUAGUUGAAAAUAAUUCUGCUUACUAUGUUCACUGCUUUGCACAUCAACUUCAGUUAGCUCUAGUAGCUUGUGCUAAAAAGGUUUACGCUUUGACUGAUUUCUUUAAUUUUAUAUCGUUGUUGUGUAAUGCAGUUGGUGCUUCUUGCAAAAGAGCAGAUAUUUUGAGAGAAAAGCAAUUUGAUGAGCUAGUAAAAAGUAUUGCAAGCGAUUAUGUUCAAUCAGGGAGAGGCUUGAAUCGAGAAAUGAGUUUGUCACGACCAGGGGACACACGUUGGAGCUCACAUUAUCGAUCAUUGGAAUAGCUAAUCUUGCCAAGAGGAUGGUUGAAAAGAAAAAACAUAUUGUGUAUCCUUUGGUUUAUUUACUUGUAAAGUUAGCAUUGACUUUGCCCGUAGCAAUUGCAUCUGUGGAAAGAGCAUUUUCAGCUAUGAAAUACAUCAAGACUGCACUUCGUAAUCGGAUUGGAGAUGAAUGGUUGAAUGAUUGUUUAGUGCCAUAUAUUGAAAAAGAUGUAUUUGAUAGCAUUGGUAAUGAGGCAAU